UAUCAGGUUUGUGGGUGUUAUUUCAACCUAAUUCACACGAAACCCCACGAGAUUUUACUGGUGUUAUCAUCUCCAUCUUACAGCCUCUGUGUCCCAGGUUCUCUAAGCACAAUGUCUGCAGCUCCCGCCAGCAAUGGCGUGAUUGUCGUCAUCCCGCCCAGCAACUCCAGCGGCCUCCGCCCACCUCCAGCCAUUCUGCCCACCUCCAUGUGCCAGCCUCCUGGGGUGGUGCAGUUCGAGGAGCCACCGCUGGGGGCGCAGACGCCAAGGGCCACCCAGCCGCCAGACCUGCGGCCUAUGGAAACAUUCCUGACCGGAGAGCCCAAAGCUCUAGGGACGGUGCAGAUCCUCAUCGGCCUCAUCCACCUGGGCUUCGGCAGUGUGCUGCUCAUGGUCCGGCGCGGCCACGUGGGGAUGCUCUUCAUCGAAGGCGGCGUCCCCUUCUGGGGAGGAGCCUGCUUCAUCAUCUCUGGGUCCCUCUCAGUGGCAGCCGAGAAGAACCACACCAGCUGCCUGGUAAGAAGCAGCCUGGGGACGAACAUCCUCAGUGCCACGGCGGCCUUUGCUGGGACGGCCAUUCUGCUCAUGGAUUUUGGUGUCACUAACUGGGAUGUGGGCAGGGGCUAUCUGGCCGUGCUUACCAUCUUCACCAUCCUGGAGUUCUUCAUUGCAGUCAUUGUCACCCACUUUGGGUGCCAAGCCACCCGCGCCCAAGCCAACAUGCCCGUCAUUUUCCUGCCAAACGCCUUCAGCGCAGACUUCAACAUCCACAGCCCGGCAGCCUCUCCGCCCCCCGCCUAUGACAAUGUGGCGUACAUGCCCAAGGAGUCGUCUGAGUAGAUGAUCCCUCGGCCCGUUGGAGUCCAGCCUUUCCCCACCCCUACGUUGAUAAUGGGGGGAGCCCGCCGCCUCCCACCCUCACGUCUUGUGGCGUCCAAGUGAAGUGUUUCCCGGGGACGUCUGUCCCACACAUUUCCCGAAGUGGUUUCUGUCCUAAAAGAGCUAGCGUUGAUGUCAGGAGUGUGUGUCUCUCAGCUCCCCGGGCCCCAUCACCCUUUCGGAAAUGCCCCUGUGUGCUACUCUGCAUUUCUCUCUGCUCAUCUGGGGAAACCCUGGAUCAGUGGGAGUCGGGGUCGAAGGCUACCCUGACUCUCAGGCUUUGGGGAGGUCUUUAAGCUCAGAAAGCCCAGAAUCUUCCAGAAGAUUCCAGAAGGGAGUGCUGAGUCCAGCUGCCGAGGCCACGCAGUCAGCAGUUGCCUGACCUUGUGUCUUCAGGCCCCAGGACCAGCUCUCUCCUUUGUAAUCUGCUGCCACGUCGCUGGGCCCGAUUUCCCACCUGGAAACUGAGGCGUUGAACCAGAUGACAUAUAAGGGCCCUCCAGCUCCCCUGGCCUCCCUGAAGUCCCGGUUCCGGUUCCGAGUCAGGCAUUGUCCCCGCACCGCCUCCAGAAACGCUCAUUUUCCUUCUCUGUAGGAUGGAGUCGGUAUUGACUCCAGCCCUGCCCAUCUCCCAGGGUGAGGGAGGGUGCAGAGGAGGGCUGAAGCCAGCCCAGUGCGCCCAGUCAGCACCCACAGGUGCACAGUGAUGGAGGGAGCCUCCCCCAGGAGGCUCAGGCCCCCCCUGCG